CGUAGUUGCGAGCAUUAUACAAACUCUUCUCUUCAUCAGCUACGAUUCAGCCAUUCUCUUCUUCGUUCUUCUCCUUAAAUUCAUUUUUUCUAAACCCCAAACAAAACAGAGCCUUCUCUUAAAAACACUUGUCCCUCUGUUUCUGUUUCUCGUCCCUCUGUUCUUAUCUUCUUCUUCUUCUUCUUCUUCUUCUUCUUCUUCUUCUUCUUGUGCUGUGCAUGAACUCAGACCAUUCUCCUCGGAAUCCACGAAGAAUGAAGUACAUAAGGAACAACAGCUUCAGACGCCUCUUCUCUCUCAAACGGCGUAGUUUAGGAGACGAAUCCCCAAAUCCAGAUGCCUCUCAAAACAGAGAUUGCUUUCUCCUAGAACAUUCUCGAAGACCCUUUUGGAAAUGCUUCUCUUUUGAAGAAGUUUUUGAAGCCACUGAUGGAUUCAGCUCAGAGAACUUGGUCGGAAAAGGAGGAUAUGCGGAGGUUUACAGAGGCAUUUUAAGCGACGGCGAAGAAAUUGCAGUGAAAAGACUCACGAAAACCUCCACUGAUGAGAGGAAAGAGAAGGAGUUCUUGACAGAAAUUGGGACCAUCGGCCAUGUUCAACAUCCAAAUGUUCUGUCUCUUUUAGGUUGCUGUAUUGACAAUGGCCUUUAUCUAAUCUUCCACUUCUCUUCUCGAGGCUCUGUGGCUUCUCUUCUCCAUGAUGAUAAACUGUGUCCAAUUGAUUGGAAAACAAGGUCCAAGAUAGCAAUCGGGACAGCCAGAGGACUCCAUUAUUUGCACAAAGAUUGCCAAAGGAGAAUCAUUCAUAGAGACAUUAAGUCUUCAAAUAUUCUCUUGACUGCAGAUUUCGAGCCUCUGAUUUCAGAUUUUGGGUUGGCUAAAUGGCUCCCAACACAGUGGUCUCAUCAUUCAAUUGCUCCCAUUGAAGGAACCUUUGGGCACUUAGCCCCAGAGUACUAUUUGCAUGGGAUUGUUGAUGAGAAAACCGAUGUUUUUGCUUUUGGAGUGUUUCUUUUAGAAGUAAUCUCUGGAAGAAAGCCUGUUGAUGGGUCUCACCAAAGCUUACACACCUGGGCGAAACCGAUAUUAAACCGAGGAGAGUAUGAAAAGCUUGUAGAUCCACGACUCGGGGGGGCGUACGAUGUUACGCAGCUGCAAAGAUUUUCCCUUGCAGCUUCUCUAUGCAUCCGAGAGUCUGCGUUAUGGCGCCCCACCAUGACCGAGGUACUCGACGUGAUGGAGGACCGAUAUGUCGAUACGGAGAGGUGGAAAAUGCCGGAGGAGGAAGAAGCGGAAGAGAAGGAUGAAUUCUGGGGGUUCGAGGACUUAGAAUAUGAAUGGGACAGUUCUUUCUCCAUCAGUCCUCAUAACUCAAUGUAGGCCACAACCAACACUACAUUCACAGCUUCAAACUUUCAUUAAACAAUGUCCAAAUCACACAAAUAGAGACACUCUAAAUUGUAUACAUAUGAAGUAGAUUGAACUGCUAAUAAUGCAAAUAUUUAAUGUAAAUAUAUGAUUUU